AUGACCGAUAAGGGUGCUCCUUCGGUCGCCGGCUCCGACAAGAGCUCUGCCGCUUUUGCCAGGUCCAAGGCCGCUGGAGAUACAGGGAAAGACGCGCGCGCAAAGGAUUCGCCAGCAGCAUCUGCGGUCAAAUCCGAAACGACCGGCACUGGCAGUCACUCCAGUCCCAAGAAGCGCCGCAAGGUCAAUCAUGGUAAGGCGCUGUCCGCGCAGCGAUGCGACAGGGAUUCCCACAGUGCGAGCCUCAUGCGUCUAUUGUCGCCGCUCGGUAAGCCUAUAUAUGUCCUGCUGCCUUCAUGCACUCGGUCGUUUUUAAACCAAGAGAAUUCAGCGGCAGACGAGGAGGGCUCGUCCAAUAAUGAGCUCGUCAGCGUCGCAGGCAUGCCUCGGAAUGUCGACGUCCCUGAUGCUGCCGGUCAGCAAACUUUUCCCGAUGGUACGAUCGGAAUUCCGCCCUCUUCAGUGCAGCCUGCCAGCAUCUCUUCGUCUGGACAAGGCAUCAACGCCAAUCCUCAGCAGCUGAUGGCCUACAAUGACUGGAUGGGCGGACAAAACCAGUUUCAAGACAUGCAUUCCCUCCAUCCGUCGUACAUGUUCAAUGCGCCCGAGGUCACAAACGAGUACAACUUACUGGGUGAUUUCCUCAGUAACAGUUUGCUGGAUGAUGGCGCCAUGUUCCAAAAUCAGGAUAUGGGAGGCAUCUACUCCGACCCGUCGUUGAUGAACUCGAUGAACAACCUCGGCGUGCCCAAUGGUCUCUCACAACCGGCUCCGCUUCCACCUCCAGCACAGACGCAAGCGCCAUCGGGUGAUUCAAUUCAGCGACCGAUGUCUACAAUUGGGAACGAUAAGGCUCGCGAGACGUACUACAUGACUGCAGCCGACCCGUCCGGAUCUGACCCGCCAGAGGAACGUAUGAACAAGCUUCUCAAGGCUAAAUAUGACGCUGGACUUCUGAAACCCUUCAACUAUGUCAAGGGCUAUGCCAGACUCAACCAAUACAUGGAGAAGAACAUGCAGCAAAUCUCGCGCCAAAAGAUUCUUCGACAAUUGGAUAAAUUUCGGCCCAAGUUCCGCGAGCGUAUGCAGAGUCUCACCGAUAUUGAACUGAUCCUCGUGGAAAUGUGGUUUGAACGGAGCUUGAUGGAGUAUGAUCGUGUCUUCGCUAGUAUGGCCAUUCCUGCCUGCUGCUGGCGACGAACAGGCGAGAUAUUCCGAGGGAACAAUGAGAUGGCGCAACUGAUUGACGUUCCCAUCGAGAGCCUGCGGGAUGGUAAACUCGCGAUCCAUGAAAUCAUUGUCGAGGACCAGUUGGUCAGCUAUUGGGAGAAGUUUGGCGCCAUUGCUUUCGACAAUACCCAGAAAGCGAUGCUGACCAGCUGCACCCUGAAGAGCCCGAGCAAUCCUAAUGGGGAGGGCAUUCAAUGCUGCUUCUCCUUCACAAUCCGACGAGACAACCACAACAUCCCGUCCCUCAUUGUUGGAAACUUCCUUCCAACGCAACGGAACCACAAAUAG